AUGGAUCAAUUACUGUCGGUCUUGAGUCUUCUAGUUCUCGCCGCUCCUGCCACUGCUCAGGGCAACGGGACAGCUACUGUCUCUUAUGUAUUGCCUUCAGGCUACAGUACCUCAAGCUUCAACGCCUCCGCACAGCCCACAGCCUAUACCCGCACUGAUUUCGGACCCAAUGCACUCGCCUCGCUCUGGGACAUGGUGGGCCCUAUCGCUACAGGCCCCAUCACGACUACCGUUGAACCAACAGCAGAGCCAACGGCAUAUCCGCAGCCAGAUCCUCAAUACUAUCACGCUCUUGUAGGAAGCGGAUAUCCCGAGGUACAGGGCUUGAAGCUCCCCAAGAACUUUCAAUGGGGCUUUAGUUCUUCCGCGUAUCAAAUCGAAGGUGCGGUCAAGGAUGAAGGCAGAGGACCCAGUAUUUGGGAUUUGCUGGCACAUAGGGUUCCCAACUACGUAGCCGACAAUACGACUGGCGAUAUCGUUGAUCAGCAUUAUUAUCUGUAUAAACAGGAUUUCGCCAGACUAGCAAGUCUAGGAGUCAAAGCCUUCAGCCCUAGCUUUUCAUGGCCGCGCUUUUUUCCCUUUGGACAUGGCCCGGUUAAUGAGGAGGCCAUUGCGCACUACGACGACGUGAUCAGAACCAUGCACGAGAAUGGCAUUCAUCCAGCGGUAACGCUCUUCCACUGGGACACUCCUCUCGCCAUAUUCAAUGAGUACGGUGCCUGGACUGACCGCCGCGUCGUGGAUGACUUCUUCAACUACGCCAAGUUCGUCAUUACACGGUAUGAUGCCUACGUUGACGAGUGGUUUACGAUCAAUGAGCCCCAAUACUGCAAUUGGCAAUACGCCGGGUAUCCGGCAGGUGAAUACUACCCAGCGCCAAAUGGCGUCACAGGCGGCAAUGAAGCCCGCUUUCUUUGUGGCCACCAUACACUGCUAGCGCACGCAAAGGUGUCCAAAUGGUACCAUGAAGAAUUCAAAGGACGCGGCCGCAUGACCUUCAAGAACAGCGGUAACUACUACGAGGCCAACAGCACAAAACCAGAAGACGAAGUUGCACGCCAGCGGAACUUUGACUUUAGCAUUGGCUGGUUCGGUGGACCAUGGACUAACGGUGACUACCCGCAAUCGCUCAAAGACACACUUGGCGACCUCUUGCCCGAGUUCACACAAGAGGAAAAGGAUAUGAUCAAAGGAUCGUGCGACUUCUACGCCAUCGACCCCUACUCCAGCUUCUUAGCUUUUGAGGUCGAUGGCGGGCUGGAGUCAUGCACGAGCAACCGGUCACACCCGUCCUUCCCUGACUGUGCUGGUUCAGCAAGUGUGGCUCCUAAUGGCUUCCCUAUCGGUCCUGCCGCCGACCCGGCCAUGUCGUGGUUUUACUCUGCACCUGCCGGCGUGCGCCGCUACCUCAAGCACAUUACUCAAGUCCUCUUCCCAUCGAUCCCAGACAUUGUUGUGAGCGAAUUCGGGUUCGCAGAGCCUUUCGAAGGGCAAUGGAAGAGCCUGCCCUCGGCCGUUUGGGACCUCAAGAGAGCGGACUACUUCCAGCAAUAUCUAGACAACAUUUUGCUGGCGAUUCAUGUGGAUGGCGUCAACGUGACUGGAGCGUGGGGGUGGUCCAUUCUAGACAACUUCGAGUGGGCGCUUGGUACGUCGGUCAGAUUCGGAGUGCAGUACGUGAACUACACGAGUCUUGAGAGGACACCCAAGGCGAGUUUGUUCCAGUUCCUCAACUGGUUCAAGGAGCAUGAAGCGGGCGGGAACGCGACGAUGAGGGUGUAG